AUGUUCUUCUUCCUGGUGCUUCUUUAUGCGAUUGGGGUCAGCUCAGUCCCUUAUAAGGGCAUUGAUAUUGCUGGCGUCAAAUUAAAUCAUUUCGAGUCGGCCACUUUACUCUCCUCGUCUCUUCUAGACAGUCGAGCUCUUCCCGUAGGAACUUGCAAUGCCGAUACACCUUGCGAUAAUGCUGCCUGUUGUGGCGGGAAGAACAAUAACCUAUGUGGAUAUUCGCCCGGCGAAUGCGGUACUGGCUUUGGCGGCUGCGGAGAUGUCAACCGGCCAUCAUGCGGUGGUAACUCUAUAGCGAAGAGGACGAUAGGUUAUUACGAGGCGUGGUCCGCUACCCGUAAAUGCCAGGCCGCCACCCCUGAAGAUCUCAACCUGAAUGGAUUCACGCACAUAAAUUUUGCCUUUGCCUUCUUUGAUCCAAAGUCGUUCGAGAUUGCACCUAUGGACAGCAGCACUGGGGUGCUCCUGGGUCGGUUCACGGCGCUCAAAGACAAGCAUACUGGACUUGAGACUUGGGUUUCCGUGGGUGGUUGGUCGUUUACCGACCCGGGUCCAACCCGCUCCGCUUUCAGCGAAAUGACCAGUUCCGCAGGGAAUCGAAAGAAAUUCAUCGGCGGAUUAAUUAGCUUCAUGGACCAUUAUGGCUUUGAUGGGGUUGACCUGGAUUGGGAAUACCCUCAGGCCGAUGAUCGCGGUGGCAUUACGGCCGAUAAAGCAAACUAUGUCAGCUUAGUCAAGGAGCUGAGGUCCGCCUUCGGCGACAGAUAUGGCAUAUCUUUAACCCUUCCAACAUCUUACUGGUAUCUUCAGCAUUUCGAUUUAGGCUCCAUCCAUGCUAACGUUGAUUGGUUCAACUUUAUGACUUAUGACCUACAUGGGGUUUGGGACGCCCAAUCCAAAGCUCUCGGUCCGCAUAUUGCGCCGCACACGAACGUUACUGAAAUUGAUAUGGGUCUUGACCUGUUGUGGCGCGCCGGCGUCCCGCCAGCAAAAGUUGUGCUGGGGCUUGGAUGGUAUGGAAGGAGUUUCACUUUAUCUGACCCUUCUUGCAACACACCGAAUGGUGUUUGCGAAUUUUCAGGGGGUGCCAACGCAGGACCAUGCUCCGAUGCUAGCGGAAUCUUGACGUUGCAAGAAAUCAAGGAUGUCAUAUCGACUAACAAGUUAAACCCCGUAUGGGAUAAAACCGCCGAGGUCAAGUGGAUUACUUGGGAUAGCAAUCAGUGGGUAUCAUAUGAUGAUGACGAUACAUUUGACCAGAAGCGAAAGUUCGCGAACUCGCGCUGUCUUGGAGGUACUAUGAUCUGGGCGAUGGAUCAAGUUGAUCAGAAUUCCGAUAAUGGGCUAGCCCCGGCACCAGGAAUCACUACGCAAGACCAAGCCGAUGCGAAACAGAGCAGUGAUGAUAUUGCCGCCGGUAUCACAUGCUAUACGACUGACUGUAACGAAAGUUGCAAGAAGGGGACCAACGAGGUCGCGCAGAUGAACGGCCAACCUGGCAAGCUAUCCACUAACGAUCGUUGUAAGGCGAACCAAUAUCGCUCGCUUUGCUGCGCGGACGGUACACGUAUGGGAACAUGCCAAUGGCGUGGAUAUCGUGGAGUUGGAUUAUCUUGCAUGGGCGGUUGUGACGAUGGCGAAACCGAGGUAGUCCAAGACACCAACAGCCACCAGAAAUCAGGGGAUCGUACUUGCACCGGAGGCAUACAAAGUUUCUGUUGCAAAGACUUCAAGCCAUCUCCUUCCGUGAGCGACUUAAAGGACAAGGCCGUUGAUGCAGCUAAGGAGGCAGCCGAAGCCGCGGCCGAGCAGGCUGCUCUAGACAUAGCAGCCAAAGCUUUCUGUCGCCUAGCAGUACCUGCUCUUCUGGCGCCAUUGGAGCUGAUAGAAGCUGCCAUACCUAUUUUCGGCGAGAUUGCCGAUAUUGCUGAGAUUGCUGCUACCCCAGCUCUAAUCCAACUGUGCGUGAAGGGGGUAGAGAAGGAGGGGAAAGCUGUCUUCAAAGUAUUUGGGAAAAAGCACACCCUCACCCUGGAUAAGCCAUCCGCGACUCGGGAAUCUCGACCCCCAGAAUCAAGCCACACCCGUGCCAAAACGAGCAGCGACAGCUGUCCUAAAAAUAUGAAGAGAGCAGACUGUAUCAAGCCACUCCAUAAGACCACGAUAACAGAAAUCGUCGAUAAUUUCAGGCAACCCCCAGACCCAAUCAUCUGUGAUGGUGAUGAUAGCUUGCCCCUCUCUCAUCCACAGGCGUGCUUAAACUACCGUUCAAUCAUACAACAUAAUCCAGGUUAUGCCACGUUAACCUGUCCAUACUACCCAAAGCCAGACGGCAAAGGCCGCCCCGUGAGUAAAAGAUGGACGCAACAGCGCAAUUUGAAAGGAUAUAAGCCCUUUAUGGAACAGCAAGACUGUUCGCCCGAUGAGUAUCCACCGGCAGCUAUAUGCGACUUUAACGACGGCUGGGCAGCGAUACCUUCCAAGGUUCCAGCGCUGGAUGCACGCCCACUAGCCGACCGGGGCCAGAAAAUCCGUCUCCUGGACGCCCAAGACAAUAAGAAUGCGGGAAAUCUCUUCGCCGGCUGUAAACGAGUCGCGGAAUAUGACCUAGACAGAGAUAACGCCAUAAUCACAAAAGGCCCAGGUCGUCGGGCUGUAGAAACAACCCUCCAUCGAAUGCGCGCUGUUUAUAACCGCCGCCGCUUCACUAUGGACUUUGUGAACCUUCCAAAUUUAGCAGAUGACGGCCUGCAAGAUAACGAGUGCCAACCCGAAAUUGACGGUACCUCUCAUCCCGGUUUCGUGCUGCUCAAUGAAGACCAGUGGUUUAACGCUCAUCCGGCCGAAGCAGCAUCGAGAGCCGGCUGGGCGAGUCCUCCUAGCCGUAAGAAGCGCGACUGGGUUGAGGCUCUGGAUAAACUGGUUAUCGUUGACUCCAACUCAACGCGCGCGGCCACGCCGGCCGAGCUGCGAGACGAAUUUGGCUUUGAAGAUUGUGCUGACGAAACGUGUUCGCGGGAACUAGAAGCUCUAAGAGCUAUAGUAGCCACAGUGAGAGAGAGGGCAUUCCCAACCGCACCUCUAGAAGUAGAAGCUGCCGCUACUGCAUCUGCGACCACAGCUGCGGCAGACGCGGAUGGUGUUGAAUCGCCGAGUCGACCUGGGUCCGAUUUUGUGGGACCUGCAUUUCCUGCUAGAACUGGUCGUGCGGAUAGAGGUAACUAA